CAUGAAUCGCGUCUUGUUAUUGAGUGCCUUGUUGUUCUUGCAAGGCUUAUUUGCCAUGUAUAUUGAUAUUCAACCAGGAGAAAUCGAAUGCUUCUAUGAACAUCUUGAAAAGGGUGAAAAGAUGACCGUGUCUUAUCAGGUUGGUGAAGGUGGUAAUCUCGAUAUUGAUUUUAGUGUCAAAGACCCGGCUGAUUCUGUUAUUAUCUCUACCACAAGAACAUCGACCAAUGAGCAUACUUUCUUAGCCAACAUUGAAGGACAAUACACGUAUUGUUUCAGUAAUGAGUUCUCUUCUGUGACAGAAAAGCGAGUUGGGUUUAAUGUACAUGAAAACAUUCAAAAGAUUCAUGAUAGUGUCAAAGAACACACAGACCCAUUGGAAAGAGAAAUUGCUGAAUUAGCAGAAAGUAUUUUUUCUGUUAAAGCUCAACAAGAAUACAUUGUUGUUCGAGAAAGACAACAUAGAGACACUGCUGAAAGUACAAAUGAUCGUGUUAAAUGGUGGUCUAUUGGACAACUUGGAUUAUUGAUCACUGUAUGCUUAUGGCAAGUGUAUUACUUGAAGCGUUUCUUUGAAGUCAAAAGAGCUGUUUAAAAUUGCAUGAUUUUAAUGCAUAUUAAAAAUAAUGACGAAAAAAAAUAGAAAUAAAAAGCUUAUUUUAUCUUUCUUUC